AUGUUGAUUAAUUGUCAGUUAAAUCUUUAUGACACCGAUUGGAAAUUAAGAAAUUCAUCAUCAAUAUUUCCUUUGCAAUUUGAUUGUUUACAUUAUUUAGUACUUGACAAUAUCGUAAUCUAUGACGAUACAUUAAAUCAACCUCGUCAAACAAUUGUUUACUGUCAACGUCCAAGAGAUAAAAAUGAUCUUUCUCCGAUACUUAGUUUGAAUAAUAUACAAGGAAAAAAGUUUACAUUUGAAGAAUUACAAUCAUUGAAUACUACUAUUCAACAAUUACUCUCAUGGUCAACACCAAUCGAUCUUAUUGAACGUUAUCAAAUUUAUCUUGAUAAUGAUACUAGUCAAUUAAUAUCAAAAGGAUCUGAUAUAUUUUAUAAUUGUACUCCACCAUGGUUUGGAACUUUUUGUGAAUAUAGUUUUGAUAUAGGAUUUAAUUAUGUCGAUUGGAGAUAUUGUUAA